AUGGAACAUGAUGCCUCUGAGAAUCCCAAGCCGGAGGACGCACAGGUUGCAUGUCGCAUUUGCCUAGCGCGCGAGGGCGAGUUGUUAGCGCCCUGCCCCUGCCGCGGGAGCUUGCGCUUGGCCCACCUGGAGUGUUUGAAGAAGGAAUUUCUGGCGCGAAGAGAGUGGACCCAACUAACUUGCUCCAUUUGCAAGAACGAGUAUGUGGCUCCUGCAGUUUUAGACUUAGCACGCCUUGCGCUGGAAUGGGCCGAGGCAGAUUGGGGUUUGAAGACGGUGGGUACCUUGGUGGCAGCGGAUCAUCUGGGCCGUGUGCUCAGCGCUGCGGGGCAGCUGGAAGAGGCGGAGCAACAUCUGCGCCGCACGGUGGAUGGGCUGCAGGAGGUGGUUGGCAUGCAGCAUACAGAGACACUCAUCGCGCAGUCCAACUUGGGGAUGCUGUUGAACAGCCGCGGACGCUUCGAAGAAGCCGAGCAGCACGUCCGUGGUGCUUGGGAAGGAAGUCGUGGCCCGUCUGGCCAAAGGAAUGCUGAGAAUCUUGUCUUCGGAAUGAAUUUGGCAGUGGUGCUUCGAGAACUGAACCGCCCUCGGGAGGCAGAGCCGUUGCUCCGUGAAGCCUUAGAGGGCUUGGACCAGCUGAAGGGAAAACAACAUCCGGAUGCGCUGGCAGCUGCGAGCCAUUUGAGUGGCCUACUGUUGCACUUGCGUGAAGAUUUGGGUGAAGCCGAGCCAUUGGCCAGACGUGCCUGGGAGGGCAGCCUGAGGCACUUCGGUCCGGACCAUCCACGGUCCCUUUGUGCCAGCGCAGAUUUGGGCCUGUUGCUACUGGCGCGAGAACGGCCCAAGGAAGGCGAACAAUUGCUGAGAUCUGCGCUGGAAGGAUUUCAAAAGCAGCUGGGUGAGAACCAUCCGCAGGCACUUUCGACGGCUGCCGACCUGGGCACUGCCUUGUUCGCAGCUGGGCGAAAGGAGGAGUCCUUGAUCCCGUUGCGUGCGGCCUUGGAGGGGCGUCGGAAGCUUUUGGGCUCCGAUCACCUGCGAAGCCUGGCCUCGGCGCAUAACAUGGGAGUCGCUUUAGCGGAACUGCACGAGGUGGAUGAGGCGAAGAAACUGCUCCAGGCUGCCUGGGAAGGCCGUGCGCAGAAGUUGGGAGCUGCCCACUUUCGGACCUUGGCCUCUGCCAAGCGUCUUUUGCCACUGCUUCGAGGGCCCGACGAAGAAGCCUUGGCUGCCCAAGCCCUGCGAAGUGUGUGGGAGGGUGAGACGGCAAACCUGGGAGCGUCGCAUCCGAAAGCUGUGCAGGCUGCAAGAAAGUUGGCGCAGUGGCUUGCGAGGAGGCAGCUGCUCUUUGAAGCUGAAGCUGUCUUGGCACAUGCCUUGGCUUCUGCGCAGGCAGAAGAAGCACAGCGGGCAGCUGAGGAAGCUGAAGCCGAAAGCACCUCUGCGGGAGCCAGCGAGGACGAGCGCCCUUGCGAUGAGAGGGCAGCGCGCCUUCUCCAGUCUGCUUUGCUUGGGCCCUCCUUCAGCCCAGCCAAUUGCUUGGCCAAGUUGGCGGCGGCCCAGCAACGACCCUCGCCCUCCAAAGUGCUGAGUGCAGAUCUCCAGGAUCUGCAAGAUCGCCUGGAAAGAUUGCAAGAAGCUGAAGAGGCCGAGGAAGCGAUGCCGCCACUAAAGAAGUUGCGAGGCUCAGAGUCGACAGACGAGCAACAGGAGCAUGAUGAAGAUGCAGCCCUUGGUCAUCUGGGUCGGUCUGAAAAGGAGGAUGUACCUGAUCCUGAGACCUGAGCGGAAGGAACAAAAAGA